GGUUCUGAAAGCUGCAAUUUGUCUUUACGAAAGCGUCAAGAAUAAGGAAUAGAGGAAAUGCACCGAGCGAUCUGUAUAUUCGUCCGACAGUCACUUCCCAACGCUUGCAUCGUCUUCGUUUCUGACGAUCUCCAUCGCCUUGGCCUUGGGACCUCCGAAUGCGAGACGGAGAUUACUAUUUCCUCUGAUAACAAGAUGCACAAUCCCCCCAAAUCUACCAUCGCUCUCCGCGCUGCAUUGUAUUAUCUUCGCAACUUGCUCUCUAUCACAUUUUGGCUACUGAAUCUUCCUGGAGAGUUCUGGAAAUGGAAAAUAUGGGCGAGAUUGAUACGAAACCUAUUGAUUCUGUACAAGCCGGUAUCUCUCUAUUUGGUGCCCUCGGUGAUCAGAACAAACACAAGCUCACAGCCAAUAAUGGGUAUGAGAAGGAAAGAGAGGUUCAAGAGUUAGUAAAGGAUUUGGCUAAUUACAAGGUUCAACUUGAAGCAAAGGAUGCGGCUUACAUGCAGGCUCUUCUCAAGCUGGAACAACAACAGAAAGCCAUUGACGAACUGUCUGAGUUGCUGAAAAUUGCGGAAACUGGUAGAGAUAAAUACGUCAAUGAAUGCAGCGAAGCUAGAUUUCUGCUUGGUGAACUUGAACAAAAACUGAACGAAAUGACUGAACAAUCCUUGGAGACCGAAAAUUUCCGAGAGAAACUUCAGGCUGCCGAGAAUGAGUUGAAGCUCAGACAAGAGGAGCUUCUUGGGAUUGAAACAGAACUUGCUGCCUCUAGAGAAUCAGAGGUCAAGGAUAUUAUAAAAAUAGAGUUGCUGGAAAAUAAGGCCCACUUGGAAAAGGAGACUACUGUAGAUCUCAUAAGACGCAUUUCAGAACUAAAUGAAGCGAUUCGUUUGUCAAAAUUUGCUGCUAGUGAAGCAGAGAAUGAGAUGUCUGCUGCAUUAUCUGCGAAAGAGGCCGAGCUAGAGCUGGCUAAAAAGCAAGUUGUUGAGUUGCACAAGCAAUUAGAAGAAAUGAGCCAGCAAAUAGAAAUAGAGAUGGAGCGGAAUCAAUUAAAAGAAGUGAAAUUUGCAAAUGAAGAAAUCGAAAAAUUCAAGGACGAGAUCGAAACACUUAAGAAUCAGUUGGAGAAGACGAAACUUGAAAUGGAUGAGAUGAGAGAAAGGGAAGCUAAUGCGGAGGUUGAGAUUGCAUUGCUGAAAUCUGAGAUUCAUAAAGGAAGGUCAAAAGUUGCAGCCGCAGAAGCAGCUGAAGCCAAAGCCAAGAGUGUAACAUCUGGUCUUUAUCCUGCUGUUCAGGACUUGGCUGCAGAAUCAGUCGAAGUGAAGGAGAACAUAAAGCUAAAACAGGAACCACUCAAGGCCUAUGAAGAAACUGAGAACUCUAUACUUGCCAAGCCACUUGUUGAGAGUAACUCUUCAAGCAUGGAAGAAGAUUUGAAUCCUGAAGUCAAUGAAAGAAGAAAUGAAAGUACCACCAUGACAAUUACUUUAGAGGAAUAUCAGUCAUCGAUUAAGGAUAUUGACUCAGCCUCUGAACUCUCCGCAGACAAAAUUUCCCAUCAUAUCGGUUCCGAGUGCACGGAUGAAUUGGAAAAGUUGAAGAAGGAACUAGAAGCAGCAAGCAUAAGAAUUGGGGAGUUCAGGUCACGUGCAGAACAGGCUGCCACCAGGGCUGAGAUGGCUGAGAAAGCAAAAGAUGCCGUUGAAGACCAGCUGAGAAAAUGGCGAGAGCAUAAACAAAGGAGAAAGGCUGCUCUUGCUGCCAUGAAGGAAGUAUCUGCACCACCAAAAUUCAAGCCUCCCAUGCAUGAAGGCAGCUCCACAACGUACCAGCCUUUAGGUAAGGUUCUUAACUUGAAAUUAUAGGUUCUUAACGUGAAAUUUUACUGUGCCUUGGCAUUAUAUAUGAGGAAAAACAUAUCCGGAAAGGCCAAUAGUAUUGUCCAGUGCACCAAAAGGAAUAAUACCCUAUAGGAUUUAUUUGAUAAAACUUCAAUAAUC